AGUACGCAAGGCCGUUGCCUAGUGACCGGAGAACGCCAAAGCGGCGCGACCAAGUUGAUUUGGAGAGGACCAAACGCGCUGAUCUUACACCGAAGCAUCUGCUCUGACCGGUGUGGGGUGGAUUUGGUAUUUGAUAUUGAGUUGAAUACAACAUAUUUAUCAGCGCAACAUCCGUCUGUUAAACGCAGGAACAUCGUUGAAGGUCUGCUAGACCUUUCCGCCCCGUGUAAAGAAAUGGCACAAGCAAGGAUAUCUUGUUGCUUACCACCUAACAUUGACCCAACCAAAUCCCCAGUUGCCUUUGGAGAAAGAGCUCUACCAAAACUGAAUGAGGAACUAAAGGACUCAGAGCUUAUCACUCGCCAGAGAGCUUUGAUGGCUCUUUGUGACCUUGUGCAUGACCCUGAGAAUGUCUACCAGGCAGUACACUUGGGUUUCUUGGAAAGUCUGAAAUCUUUGCUGCAUGACCAAGACAGCACUGUUAGACAGAAGGCAACUGAGGUGUUUUACAUCAUGGCAGGUCACAGUGUAGGGCGGCAAGGAAUUCUGAAGAGUGACGUUAUCCCUGCUAUAUCCAAGCUUCUGGAUGACCCUGUUGUUAUAUGCAGACAGAACAUGCAUAAAACUUUUGAGAUGGUGUCUGAGCUCCCUGCAGGAGCUGCUGCCCUGGUGAAAGCAAAUCUUGUUGUGCAGUUGGUACAAAAAUUAGAAUGUGAGCUGGAAGAUAUUCAGAUGAUAAUCCUGGAAACCCUGCACUUCAUGCUUCAAACUGAUGUUCUGCAGGCACUCAGUGCAGGAGCUGUGGGCAUCCUAAAAGGAAAGUUAAGUCACCCUUCAGCAGGCAUCAGGAGGAUGGCAGCCAAAGCACUUAUGGAUAUCUGUGUGCCCCUAGAAGGAAAGGAGACAGUGUGCCAGGAAGAAGUGGUCCCUCUGCUUGUACAUCUCCUGCAGGACAGCGAUAAUGAAGUUAGAGCCAACGCUGCUGGGGCCUUGAUGAAUAUCACCAUUACCACACAAGGGAAAUAUGCAGCUAUUAAUUCUGGUGCUAUCCCGAAAUUGCUAGCAUUGGUGUCAGAUGGGUAUAGCCGAGUGCGCCUGAACAGCCUGAAAGCACUGACUACCCUAUCGGAGGCUCCAGAGGGCCGCAAAGUGCUGCUAGCGGAUGUGAAUAUAAUCCAAAGCUGUCUAGAUGACCAGAGUGAGGCAGUGAGAAGAGCAGCUGCUAUUGCAAUACAAGUCAUUCAGUGGAAACCUUGAUGGCAUCAAAAUGCAGAAGAACUGUAAAAAUGGCAUAUCUGCUGUCAGUAUGAAAGUCUCUAGUUCAGUACUGGGUUCCACUACAGGCAGUUUUACCUAUUAAUAAUUAAUAAUAAAACUAUAAUUUGUCUACA